AUGCACUUUGCUGCGCGCAUGGCCCGACGCAUCUCGCCUUCGGCCACGUAUGGAAUGCCCCGCUUCCAAUCGUCGAUGACACAUCGUCCCAUGCAGAAAACGGCCUCUGAAGCAGCUUUGCGUCUACUCGAAAGCUUUGCGGACACAACCGUCGCGCGCCGACAGGUAGUCGAUGGAAAUCAGCUGCAAAAGCUGAGUCUGACGCUUGGCAGGCGACAACUGGCACGAGACCUUGACGUCUCAAUCUCCGCACCCCCUACCGGAACACCGUUGCCGCACGGUUAUCACCUUGUGUACUUUACGCCAAAUGGCAUUGAGGGCGAGCUAGGUGCUGAUGGCACAGACAAGACCUUCAAUGCACCGUCGCCAUUCAGUCGACGAAUGUGGGCUGGUGGAAAGAUGAUGUGGCCAGCAGGAGAGGAGCCCAUCCGCGUAGGUGACGAAGUUGAAGAGCGGACGAGGCUAUUGGGCGCCACGGCGAAAGCGAGUCGUCGAGGUGAAGAUAUGGUUCUCGUGGAUGUUGAAAAAGAGUUUUGGGGGCCCAACGGGCUGGCUCUCGUUGACCGGCGGUCUUGGAUCUUCCGGCCAGAGAUCCAUCCCGAGGCGACAGCCACGACUCCACCGCCAAAAUCUCACGAAAACCUCGUACGAGGGCCAUCAACCUGUGAAGAUAUUGCUUAUGAACAUGACGCACCCCCUCUCCGCCGGUUAUCAUGGUCAUCUGUUGGCCUCUUCCGCUUCUCAGCCUUGACUUUCAACGGCCACAAGAUUCACUACAACCAGGGAUGGGCCAGAGACGUGGAAGGACAUCCUGGUGUGGUCGUCCACGGACCUCUGAAUCUUAUCAGCAUGCUCGAUUACUGGCGAGAUGUUCAUGGCAAAGGGCAAAGCCCACGGGAGAUUGCCUACAAAGCCCUGUCGCCGAUUUACGCGGGCGAGACAUUCGACAUCCGAACGGUGGGCGAGCGCGGCUCAAGAGAUGACAAAAGCUGGGAUAUUUCUGUUGAAAAGGAGGGCAUCGUGUGCAUGAAGGCACAGAUUCUGGGUUGA